UGACAAUGAUAGGAUGUGGAUGGCCACAGGUCAUGGUAUAUAUGCUGUACGUUGCCCCAAAGCUAAGGCCUUAGUAUUCUCCUCCCAAACUUUCAGUUGUUGACUUUAUUCCUAUAAAUACUAAAAGCUAGCGUUUGAUGCUACUAGUCCACCAGCAUAUUCAAGCAACAAAAUUACUGGAGAUCAUGAAUCUUUCACUACUGACAUGUUUGCUUCUCCUCUCCAGCUACCAGUUAACCUUUCUCAUCAUAUCAUGCAACGCCAACCAAAUCGACAACCUCAACAAGUUGAUUAAGUCUCGCAAAUCUGCGAAUCCUCCUCGGGCAGACUUAUGGGAUGGCUCAAAUGUUGCCGAUGACCAAUUUUCACCAGUUUAUGUUGGACUCCAAGAUGGGUUGAAGGAAGCUGAUAAGAUUGGUUCUUUGCCAGGACAACCUCAAGGCGUAAACUUUGACCAAUAUGCAGGGUAUGUUACUGUAGACCAGAAAGCCGGGAGAGCAUUGUUCUACUACUUUGUAGAGUCGCCCCAGGAUUCAUCAACUAAACCUUUGUUGCUAUGGUUAAAUGGAGGACCAGGAUGCUCAUCUUUGGGAUAUGGAGCCAUGGAAGAAAUUGGACCCUUCAGAGUCAAUAAUGAUAGAAAGACACUAUUCAGAAAUGACUAUGCUUGGAACAACGUGGCAAACGUGAUCUUCUUGGAGUCACCAGCAGGAGUUGGGUUCUCAUAUUCAUACACAACAUCCGACUAUGGAGACGUGGGUGACAAGAGAACAGCAGAGGACUCCUAUAAAUUUCUUGUAAACUGGCUGGAGAGAUUUCCCCAAUAUAAAACCAGAGACUUCUUCAUCACCGGAGAGAGCUACGCCGGUCAUUACGUACCUCAACUUGCCUCCACCAUUCUCUUAAACAACAAAGUCACGAAGCAAACAAAAAUCAAUCUCAAAGGAAUUGCAAUCGGAAAUGCUUGGAUUGAUGAUAGUACUGGUGAACUGGGGAUUUACGAUUAUGUGUGGACACAUUCUAUGAAUUCCGACGAGACGAAUGCAGGGAUACACAAAUAUUGUGAUUUUUCUUCGGGCAAUUUCUCCAGCGCAUGUGACAAAUAUCGAAGUCAAGUUGAGGAGGAGCUUGGAAAUGUUGAUAUUUACAACAUUUAUGCUCCCCCUUGCAAAACAUCAGAACCCACUAAAUCUCUCUCAAAAUCUUCUAUUGAUGAUUUUGAUCCAUGCUCUGACAAUUAUGUGAAAACCUAUCUAAAUCUUAAGGAGGUUCAAGCGGCUCUUCAUGCAAAACCUACAGAGUGGUCAGCUUGCGGUGGAGUUGGAUGGACAGACAGCCCAACCACCAUUCUACCCACCAUAAAGCAGCUUAUAGCAAGCGGGAUAAGUUUAUGGAUAUACAGUGGAGAUAUUGAUGGGAGAGUACCAGUCACAUCUUCUAGAUACGCCAUAAACACUUUCAAAUUGCCCCUACAAACUCCAUGGCGAGCCUGGUAUUCAAAUGGACAGGUUGGAGGAUAUGUGGCUGGGUACAAAGGAUUGACAUUUACCACAAUAAGAGGAGCAGGUCAUAUGGUUCCCAGCUAUCAACCGCAGCGAUCACUUACCUUCAUCUCAUCUUUUCUUCAGGGGAAACUUCCACCUUCCUCCUAAUUAAUCAUAUCAAUUUCCCAACCGCACUACUGCUAUUGAUUAAUCCUACGUUAAUUAUCUGAAUAUCCAGAUAUAUACAAUCUAAAUUCAAAAAGUAUUAUGAUUUGUAACCAUAUAUAUUUUUGUUUAAUAAUUAAAACAAUAACCAAGGUGAUCGUGUAAUAUCAUCCAUUGGGUUUAAUAUCAUCUAUUGGGUUUUUUGUUGUUUGAAA